AUUCAUUCAUUCAAUAACCACCAGAAUAACUAACGGACACCAUAACCAGCGGAAACACAAAUGGAUCUACGAAAGGUUGAAGAAAUAGUGAACGAUUCGAAAGGUGGAAUAAUCGAGAAGAAAGACGCUAUCCUAUCAACCUUCUCCAAACCCACUUCCGACACCGAUUCCGACGAUCCCACAACUCUUCCGGUUGAUUCCGCCACCGCUCUCCAGCUCUUCCUUGACCACAUUCCCAUCUCCUCCAUCCCUGGAAUCCACAAUUCCCCUUCCACAGUCUUGGUGGUGAAAACGCAUACGUGUAUGAAGGAUGGGAUCAAGAUGUUGUAUGAAAAGAAUGUGAGUGGAGCUCUUAUUGAUGAUACUUCGGAACGAGAUCCGACUACCAGUUUCACCACAUCGUUCUCACAUCCGUAUAUUGGAUUCAUAAGUUUUUCUAAUAUGGUUCUUUGGUGUCUCCAGGAAUUUCAAAAACAUCAAAGAGGAAACAAGAUUGAUCAUGCUAAAGGUUUGAAGAAGAUUAAGUCACACGGAUUCUUCUCUUUGCUUGCUAAAAUACCAGCUGUUUCCGAGGCUAAGAUAAGCGAACUAGCCGCAUCAUUUUUAUGGAAUCCUGUAUUUCCUGUAAAACCAGACCAGAGCCUCUUCCAUGUCCUUUUGUUGCUGUCUAAACACCGGCUGAGUGUGGUCCCGGUGACCGAACAUUUCAGCUCAAAGGUUGUGGGCUAUGUUACCGAGCAUUCAGUAAACCAUAUACUCCUACAGUCAAGCGGGCUAGAGUGGUUCGACAGCAUUGCAGAUAAACCAUUGUCGGAUUUCAGGUUUGAACAAAACGACCAAAUUGUUUCAGUCUACAAUGAUCAAAGCAUUGCGGAAGCAGUUCAUAUCUUAUGGAAUAAUAAAGUUUGUGCAAUUGCAGUAGUGGAACGGCAGACUCAGAAGCUCAUUGGAUGUGUCAGAGUCAGUGACAUUCAUCGUCUUUUGGAUGAUGAUCGCAUCUUUACUGAGAGAGAGGAUACAAGCGUGGACCGAUUCAUACACAAAGAAACGGAACAAACCAACCAUGACGUGAACCACGAGCUUGGGGCUCUUAUAUCGGCUGGAACUCUUGCACUGCACAACAAGUUUGAACCCAGAAUGAACUCGCCGGUGACAAACACAGAAACGGACACCCUGAAGCAAGCCAUGAAGAAUUUAGCAGAAAAGAGGAGCAAAUUUAGUUUUGUUGUAGACGAGUGUGGAAGGGUGAAAGGAAUGAUUACAUUAAGGGACAUUCUUAUGGAGUAUGCUCCUCCUUGUAUGGACUCUAGGAUUGAUGGUGGUGGUUUCUUUGACAUGGCUUUGAAGGAGUCUGGGUGCACCAUUAAAGAUGGGACCAUGGUUCAUCAUAAAUGAAGUGACGGAACCCUUGGUUCUUAUAUGUUACUAGUUGAUUGAGUUUUUUAGUUGAUCAUUUUAAGAUGGAUUUUCCUGUUUUCACAAUCACCCUACCUGGGUCUUCACGAGCUAAGAUUAACAUCUUUUCUAUA